AUGGGCACUGCAAGAUCAAAGGUCUUAGUCUCACUCUUAUUCAGCCUUUUCUUGCUUUUGAGCGUCUCAAAGAUUCAAGCUCAGAGAACAAAAACAGAGUUUACUUUCCGAGGUUUUAAAGGAAACGAAUCAGAGAUUCGGAUCGCAGGAGGAGCUGCGACGAUCAAACCCGAUGGAUUAUUGAGACUAACUAACAGAGGCUCAAACAUUACCGGAACAGCUUUCUACCACAAACCGGUGAGAUUGCUCGACAGUAAUUCCACCAUUUCCCCUAUUCGUUCCUUUAGGACUUCUUUCGUAUUCGUCAUAAUCCCUUCAAGCUCAAGCAAUGGAGGUUUCGGGUUCACAUUCACACUAUCUCCAACUCCAAAUCGUCCUAAUGCCGGAUCCGCACAGUACUUGGGAGUUCUCAACAAAGAGAACGAUGGUGAUCCGAGGAACCACGUUUUGGCGGUGGAAUUCGACACGGUGCAAGGAGCCAGAGACGAUACUGACAGAAUAGGAAACGACAUCGGCCUGAAUUUCAACAGUCGAACUUCGGAUAUGCAAGAACCGGUCGUGUAUUACCUCAACGAUGAUCCUAACAAAAGAGAAGACUUCCAGCUAGAGAGUGGCAAUCCGAUUCAAGCACAUCUGAAUUACGAUGGACCAACACAAACGCUAAACGUCACCGUUUAUCCCGCGAGAUUGGGAUUUAAACCCACAAAGCCAUUGAUCUCUCAAAAAGUUCCAAAAUUACUAAACAUUGUGCAAGAAGAAAUGUACGUCGGAUUCACAGCAGCCACAGGGAGAGACCAGUCCAGUGCUCAUUACGUGAUGGGUUGGAGUUUCUCAAGCGGCGGAGAAAAUCCGAUAGCGGGAACGCUCGAACUCUCGGAGCUUCCUCCUCCGCCUCCGAACACCCCGAAGAAGAGAGGUUUCAAUUCUCAGGUCAUAGUUCUGAUCGUGGCUUCAUCGGCCGUUAUGCUGAUCAUGCUUGUGUUACUCUUCUUCUUCGUCAUGUACAAAAAGCGAUUGCAACAAGAAGAGACUCUUGAAGAUUGGGAAAUCGAUCAUCCUCGCAGAUUCAGGUACAGAGAUCUCUACGUAGCUACGGAUGGAUUCAAAGAGACUGGGAUUAUCGGAACCGGAGGAUUUGGAACCGUUUUCAAAGGAAAACUCCAGAAUUCUUCCCAGAUCGCCGUGAAGAAGAUAAUUCCGAAUAGCAUGCAAGGUGUUCGAGAAUUUGUCGCAGAGAUCGAGAGUUUAGGAAAGUUAAGGCAUAAGAAUCUCGUGAAUCUCCAUGGAUGGUGCAAACACAAAAACGAUCUCUUGUUGAUCUACGAUUACAUCCCAAACGGAAGCUUGGACUCGCUGCUCUACAGCGUUCCGAGAAGAAGCGGCGCCGUUUUAUCGUGGAACGCCCGUUUUCAAAUCGCGAAAGGAAUCGCGUCUGGUUUGUUGUAUCUCCACGAAGAAUGGGAGCAGAUCGUGGUUCACAGAGACGUGAAACCAAGCAACGUUCUGAUUGACGAUGACAUGAACCCUAGAUUGGGAGAUUUCGGACUCGCGAGGCUUUACGAACGCGGAUCUCAAUCGCAGACAACGGCACUCGUCGGGACGAUUGGGUAUAUGGCACCGGAGCUAGCACGGAACGGUAAACCAUCGUCGGCUUCCGAUGUUUUCGCGUUUGGUGUUUUGUUGCUAGAGAUCGUCUCCGGGAGAAAACCGACGGAUUCCGGUAGCUUUUUCUUAGUCGAUUGGGUCAUGGAGCUGUACGCGAACGGUGAGAUUCUCAGUGCGAUCGAUCCGAGACUUGGAUCUGGUUACGACGAAGGAGAAGCAAGGAUUGCUCUCGCCGUCGGAUUGCUCUGUUGCCACCAAAAUCCGGCGUCUCGACCGUCGAUGAGAGUGUUGCUUAGGUAUCUAAACGGAGACGAUGAAGUUGCGGAGAUUGAAGACGAUUGGGGAUAUUCAAAAUCUUCGAGAAGUGAUUUUGGAUCGAAAUUUGUAGGAAAUGUAACGUCGAGCUCAAUCGCUUCUUCAUUCGUCACAAGAAUUUCUUCGACUUCUGUUAUUAGUGGUGGAUAG